GUGGGAAUAAUCAAUAACCUCCAUGGCGCUGAUAGCGACCGACCAGGGCUGCAAAGUGAACGGGACGUCGGUGAUUUACGGCAGAGUUGGGCCAAGAAAAGAGGUUCCUCAAGGCAAGGCGGACGGCUUUAAAACGACCAAAAUGCAGACGAAAGACACGGAGUAUUCAACAGAUGGCCUGCCCAAAGCUUUCCUUCACAGCCUCAGGACCCUGUUUGACAUUUUGGAUGACGGGGGUCGCGGUUAUGUCCACAUCUCGGAGAUUGAGAGCCGCUGGCAGGGCGCAGACACCCGGGAGCUGCCCGGCGGGGUGCUGACCUGCCUCAGGAGGGUCACCCCGCCGCACGGUUGCCUCACCUUUGAGCGGUUCGUCGCGGGGUUGCGGUACUCCAUGCUCAACCCGGACCACAGCUCACACUUUAAGGCCCAUGCUGCCGUACACCCGCAGCAAGCUCCAAAGCAGCAGCUCCAGAAGCCCGCACCGCUGUCCUCGUGUAGUGUCGGGACCCGGGUUGAGAACAAGGUGCGUCCUCUGGGGCCGAGCAACGUGACAAACACCCAGCAGCAGCAGCAGCAGCAGCAGCAGCACCGGGCGUCCUCCCUGCAGGCCCGGGCCAGGGCCGAGGAAGGGGCCGGGUACCCCCCCGCGUGCGGUCCGGUGAGGUACAGCGCGAGCUUCGAGAGGUCCGGGCGGAGUUUAGAGAGGAUUCCCGGCGCUCCGGAGGGCGGGUGUUACCGAGCAGAACCGGGCCAUGUCAUCAAACCAACCCAGCCACAGCAGAGCAGGGUCAGGUCCAUUGAGUCGCUUGCUCUGGAGUCACCGCAGCUCCAAGGAUCAAGUGUUGAGAAAUCCGGUUUACCGAGAUCUCAGAGCGAAUCAGCCACAGGAUUUACUGGCGUCUCCAGGCGACACGGGCGGAGUCGGGACGAGCAGAGGCGGCACACCAUAUCUAACGGAGUGGAUUAUGGAAUGUUGAAGCAAAUGAAAGAGCUGGAGCAGGAGAAGGACUCCCUGCUGGCGGGCCUGGAGGUGGUGGAGCGGGCCCGGGACUGGUACCAGGGUCAAAUCCACAAUGUCACAGAGAGACAGCGGCAAGUCGGCCAGAACUCCCACUGCACGGAUUUUCUCACAGAGGCCAAUCAGAGUCGCAUGAAUGUUCUUAUUCCCAAACUGCAAGAAGUCAACCGCUGCCUUAAUGACCUUAUUUCCUGCAGUGGGAUGCAGUCAUUUCCUUCAGGCUGCGCUCAGACAGCAGCGCUCCCCUCCGGCUCCCAGCCGCCGGUUCCAGCUCCUCCACAAGCCAUCCAGAGACUGAAGGACCAGAACCGACUUCUCACACAGGAGGUGACAGAGAGGAGCGAGCGGAUCGCCCAGCUGGAGCAGGAGAAGUCGGCUUUGAUCAAACAGCUUUUUGAAGCUCGUGCCCGCAGCGUGCAAGACACCAGCGCCAUGGACUCCACCUUCAUCUGAACCCCCCCCCCCCCCCCCCACCCCACCCUAACACCAUUAUGUCACAGCGUCAUGGCUAGGAGAUCAUCAUGAUGUAAUGUUGACAUAUCUGACUGAAACGGUCCUAGCUGAGCCUCGUUUACCCGACUGACCGCUCCUGGCAGUGACGCACCUUUUGGCCAACAUCCUCAACCAUAAACAUGUGAACCCCCCCCCCACCCCCCCCCACCCCACCCAACACAAAUCAUGCACUACCUAAAUGUAAACACUCCGAGCAAUACUUGACCCGAAUGACUCGACUGCUGCCUUCUCAUUUCCUACUUAAACACUCCUAAUGAGCUGAAAAGCCUGGAGCGGUAUCCAGAAACCACCAGGGUCUCUUGAAGGAUUUACAGCAGCUGCAAGUUCUCCACUCCGACUCCCCUGAAGACUGUUUACGUUUGCUGCUCGGCUUCACCAAGAAAAACAUGAACUUUAACUUUGACUUAGGAUCCACUGGAGUUGAAGAAUAGCUAUUGGACAACAGGGGACGAUGGUUUUUGCUGGAAUAAAAUGCCAUAUUCUUACAGUUAAAUGAUCAGCUGCAUCUGCUUGCUGUUACCUAUCAAUUACAUUUUUGUUUACAUUUUUUUUUUUUAAGUUUGGUACCUUGAUCUAAAUCCCAUAUAUUGACUUUGCCCUUUUUUUCUCCAUAUUUCUUAUCUAAUAAUGUAAAUGAGUGAUGUCACAUUGGCUUUUCGAACACUGAGAGACGAGUGUUACUGAGAACAGUUUUUAUAUUAUAGUAGCAUGUUUAACGUCAUCAUGAAUUUUGAGAUGUUUUUUUUCUUUUAAGGAUGAGAAAAGAGAGAUGGGCGAUCAGCCUACAAGCUGACGAGAUGUAGAGGCAGAGAGGGACGAGAGAGGUUUGAAAGUUUGCACGUAGAAGAGAGCUGAGGAGGGUAAAACGUAGACGGCGAAUGAGUCAAAGCUGCGGGCCGAGCUCCUUUUGGUCGGGAGAUCUUCUGACAUGAAGUCAGAAACAAAACAAUAAUAAUCACUUGGGCUCUUCAGUGCUACAUCCCCUGUAUAUGUUUACAGCGGAUUCUCUGCAUGGGUCAUAUUUUAUAUUUUCAGCUCAUGAUAUUUAUCUUUUUGAGGAGAUUUCUGUUCGAAAAAUGGAGAUUAAAUGUUAGCACAGAUGUCAAAGCCCCUCGUUGCUUCAGGCUCAAACUGUUCAAACAUUUAGCCGUUCACACGUUUACAAGAGAAAUCUUCAGUUAGUUGGUGGCAGUAGGAGUUUUGUAAUGGAUCUGUAUGGUACCGCUGGGAUGUCUACACAUAGUAAACAUAGUUAUAUACUGUCCAUGUCUGUGUCCCACUUGUCUUGAGUGUAUAUUGUUUUUUUUGCUGCUGGAACUACAUUACAUGUGAGUGAAACUCUUUUCCUUCUGCUUUCU